GCUCCAUAGCAGAACCAAAAAAAAAACAAGACAACACGAAGAACAACACAGUUGCUUCACCGAAGAAGAAGAGAGGUUGAUCGAUCGAGCACAGAGAUUUGAAUGGCGAGGUACGACAGAGCGAUCACGGUGUUCUCACCCGAUGGCCAUCUCUUCCAGGUCGAGUACGCCCUCGAAGCCGUUCGCAAAGGUAACGCCGCCGUCGGCGUCCGCGGCACCGACAACGUCGUUCUCGGUGUCGAGAAGAAAUCCACCGCCAAGCUUCAAGACUCCAGAAGUGUGAGGAAGAUUGUGAAUCUGGAUGAUCACAUUGCACUUGCUUGUGCGGGACUAAAAGCUGAUGCCCGGGUCCUUAUAAACAGGGCGCGUGUUGAAUGUCAAAGUCACAGACUUACGGUUGAGGAUCCAGUGACGGUCGAGUACAUAACUCGUUACAUUGCAGGUCUUCAGCAGAAGUACACUCAAAGUGGUGGGGUGCGACCCUUUGGCCUUUCAACCUUGAUUGUUGGCUUCGAUCCAUACACUGCCACACCGUCUCUGUACCAAACGGACCCUUCUGGUACAUUUUCUGCUUGGAAAGCUAAUGCGACUGGAAGGAACUCCAAUUCGAUUCGGGAGUUUCUUGAGAAGAAUUUCAAAGAAACCUCAGGGCAAGAAACUGUCAAACUGGCUAUCCGAGCAUUGCUUGAAGUUGUUGAGAGCGGAGGCAAGAACAUUGAAGUUGCUGUCAUGACUAAGGAGCAUGGUCUGCGUCAACUGGAGGAAGCUGAAAUUGAUGCUAUUGUUGCAGAGAUUGAAGCUGAGAAAGCAGCUGCUGAGGCUGCAAAGAAAGCCCCUCCCAAGGAGACAUGAUUUUCUAUUUCUUUUGUUUUGUAUUAUGAUCGUUGCUCUCGAUAGGGGGUUUCCUGUGCUUACUGAAACUAAAUUUGAUGUCAUAGUGUCAGAAAUUGAUGCCCAGAAAAGAGCUGCAGAGGCUGCAAAGAAAAUUGUUUCUAAAGAGACAUGAUUUUAUGUUACUUAUGUUUUAGUUCAUGAAUUGUAGUUGCUGGGUGUUUGCCCUCCUUAAAAUUACUGCUUUAUUGUUUCUGGGUUA